AUGUCCUCUGCCAGCUUGAAGGAAUACGAAGACAGUGAUGAGGAGGAGACCCUCCUCACAACAGUUGAGUAUUACACUCUAGACAAUAUGAUAGAGAAGACAGGCGGCUUUGGCCGCCUGCAAAUCGCAAUAUUGGUCUGUAUGCUUAUCGCUAAUAUCCCUACUGCGUUCUAUAGCUAUGGGCUCCCUGUCCUUGAACAAUUUCCUGAUUAUGUGUGCACAACCGAUUCUGGAAUGGACUAUAGAUGCAAAAGAAAUCAAAUAUGAAUUAAUGGGAUGCCUAAAGAAAGCAUGAUUUGGGGUAUCAACUGGGACAGUAGUCGAAGCAUCAACAACUGGGUUGAUGAAAUGGACUUAAUGUGAGCGACAAAAUUUCAGAUUGGACUUUUUGGCUCAAUUUACUUUCUUGGAUUUGCCUUCUCUGGAGUCUUUCUUAAAUUCUCAGACCACUUUGGAAGGCGAAAAAUCAUUCAAGUCGGGUGUUUAUUCUCAUGCUUUAUAGUGACUUAUCUCUACUCUUUCUCAGGUCUGUAUGCAAGGUAUACAAUGCUUUUCUGACUUGGUGCAUUAUCAUUCCGACUUUUGGCUCUAUAUAUUCUAAUUUCUGAAUUAUGACCUGUACAAUACAGAAUCUACGUCAGUGCAGGCUAUGCUUUAAUAGAUCACUACAUUGGAGUGCUCUUACCAGCUAUCUAUUUUAGAUUCAUAGGAAAAGAUUAUAAAGUAAUCUUCUCUUGAGCGGUCUUUGCUGCUCCUUUAUCAUUCAUUUUAUCAAUGUUUCUCCCAGAAUCACCAAGAUAUCUGUAUGAAAAGAGGAAAAUAGACCAACUUAGAAAAGAGUUUGAGAAAAUUGCAGAGUUCAAUAGGGUAAGAAUCCCUUCCAAAUAUGAACUCAUUCUUAAUGAUGGAACUUCUGUGGAAGAUGAUGACAAUAACUUUAACAGAAACUUAUGUAAAAUGAUCAAGAAUUUUAAAAUUUGAAUGAAUCUCUUGGUUUCAACCCUGACAGUAUCUAUUGUAUCGUUAGAUAACAACCUUCUACAAUAUCACAGCAAAUACUUCCAAGCUAAUAACUAUGAUGUAGCUUUUCUGAUGCUCCAUGCUGAAAUUAUUGGCACAAUAAUUGCUGUCUUUCUUAGAAAAUGGCUUUCAACCAGAGUAUUAAUUGUAUUGUCAUUUUUAUUAAUUUCAGCCUGAACUUUGCCUCUCAUCCUGAUUCCUCAAGUUGACUCAACAACAAUGAUCUCAGUCUUUGGAUGUCAAAUGGGGAUCUCAAUGGUGUUCUAUUUGUCCUUGCUAAACAUAUCUGAAAACUUCCCACCAUUAUUUGUAGCACUGGCGUUCUUUGUUUGAAACCUCUGAGGCUCAAUGGCAAAUAUUUUCUCUCCUAUUCUUGCAGAAGCCACUCACCCAGUGCCGAUGAAAAUAAUGUUUGGCGCUUCUAUUGCCCAAGGGUUGCUGAAUAUCAUCUAUAAGCCCAAAAUAAGCACUUAAAAAAUAAAAAGCAAUUCAAUA